AGAGGUGAAAUUGGACGUGAAGGCGUCGCGGUGUUUGUUAUAAAAGAGCGGCAAGUGAGAGUGAAACGUUCAGUUGUAUAUUCCACUGACCAGUGUUUGGAUGUGAGUGUUUUCCAAUCAUGCGGGUUGUCCUAGCAGUUCUUAUCCUUCAUCUCCUUGCCAUCUGCCAUGCAGACGAUACCCCAGUGUUCUCGUGGAAAAGUGUUGAGUUUGAGGAUGUUGAGAAAACUGCCACAGUCGGUGGCUAUCCAUCUUAUGUGGCCAGUGGAAAUCAUGUCUCUGGAAUUGGGUAUCAUGCUAGAAGUGGCUCAAUGAUUGUGACUAUUCCACGGCGUCAGCCAGGAAUUCCCGCAACAGUUGGAGCAUUCUGUGCAAAAGAUUGGAAGAAGGGUAGUAGUCCUAAGAUCUUCCCUAUUCCAAAUGGACAACUCAAUGCCCUCAAGGAGGGAUUCUUCAGUGAAGCUAAAGAGAUGACUUCUGCAGAUGCUGUAUCGAGAAAAGCCCGCGCAAGUGGAGAUGAUCUAAAGCCAAUUAUUUCCGUUUCAACUCCGAUUAUCGACAAUAAGUGCAAUAGAUUGUGGUUCCUGGACACUGGAGCUAUUUGGUAUCCUGAUCAGAUAAUUGUUGUACAUCGUCCUUCGAUGUGGGUGGUUCAGUUGCCAGAGAAAUCUUGCUCUAAGGAUGCUUUCAAGGUGAUCAAGAGGAUUGAAUUCAGUGAUGAUGAAGUGGGAGAUCUCUCAGGAUUAGCUGAUUUGGCGCUGGAUUUUGCCAAAAAUGGCACUUGCGAUGAUGUUCAUGUGUACAUGCCUGAUUCACUGGGUCGUCAGAUUGUAGUGCAUGAUUACCGUAAGGGUAAAACCUGGGCAUUCCGCGGACACUAUUCCUUUGAUCCGAUCGUAAGGGAGAGUGCUAUUGUGGCUGGAGAUAAUCAGUAUGUGAUUGAAGAGGGAAUCAAUUCAUUAACUCUUGGCUGGAGGGAUUCAUCAGACUACAGAGCUGCUUAUUACAUUCCACUCUCGGGAACUGGUCAAUUUGCCGUAUCUACGCAAGUGCUCAAGGAUGAAUCCCGUGCUCCAGGAAACUUCCAUCCAGAAGACUUCAGACUCAUCGGAUACCGAGGUCAGCAACUUCAAGCUAAUCGCCAUGUAUUUGAUCCCAAGACUGGAAUAAUUUUCUAUGCUGAUGCUCAAGAGCAGAGUAUCAGAUGCUGGAAUGUUAGAAGGCCAUUAACUCCUGACCACAUUGGCGUUACCAAUUUCAAUGCCUCUGAUAUUGAAGGACUUGAUAUAUCUAUUGACUCACGAGGACAGCUGUGGAUUCUGGCCAAUAAACCCCUUAAAUUCAGGGUUUCAGGAGUGGACACCAAAGAAGUUAAUGCAAAGGUAUUCCGUCUUUCUGUGAAUGACGCUAUUCAAGGAACUUCCUGUGAAGAUUCGAGUGCUAUAAAUGACGAUUUUGACGAAGCCGAAAGGAAUGUUUAUGAAAAUUUUGAAGAUUUUAUUCACUGAAUUUAAUAUUUCAGAUGUAAAUUUACAAUUAACAUAGUGAGAUUCCCAUUGGGAUUUCUGUGAUUAUUUAUGACGGUUUCCCACUGUUUUACUAACUAAAUAAAACAAUUAUUAAAA